AUGGUGAACCCCACCAUGUUCUUCGACAUUGCCAUCAAGUGGAGCCCUUGGCCGUGUCUCCUUCUACCUCUUUGCAGACAAAGUUCGAAACACAGCAGAAAGCUUUCAUGUCUGAGCACUGGGGGAAAAGUGUUUGGUUAUAAAGGUUCCUGCUUUCACAAAAUAUUGUGGGAUUUAUGUGCCAGAGUGGUGACUUCACAAGCCAUAAGCAGCAAGGCAAUCUAUGGGGAGGAAUUUGAUGAGAAUUUCAUCCUGAAGCAUAUAGGUCCUGGCAUCUUCUCCAUGGCAAAUGCUGGACCUAACACAAACAGUUGCCAGUUUCUCAUCUGCACGGCCAAGACUGAGUGGUUGGAAGGCGAGCAUGUGGUCUUUGGGCAGGUGAAAGAAAGCAUGGAUAUUGUGACAGCCAUAGAGCACUGGGCUCCAGGAAUGGCAAGAGCAGCAAGAAGGUCACCAUUGUUGACUGUGGACAACUCUAAUAAAUUUGACUUGUAUUUUAUCUUAACUACCAAACCAUUUCUCUGUAGUUCAGGAGAGCACCCAUCUGUUGGAAUGUUCAUUAAUCUUCGUGUGCUCGCCUCAGUUCAUUGGGUUCCAUAUUUUCCUUACCCCGUCUCCAAGUCUAGCUGA